AAGGAAGGAGGAGUUUGUGUCACAAACAUACAUGUAUAUACAGACCGGACAAGAGUGGAAAGAAACAAAGCAGGAGGGGGACACAAAAAAGGAUAAAAUUCCAAGACUCCAAGAGAUGGAGUUGUGUGAGAUUUUAGAACAGAAAUGCAGUCUAGACUGUCGUGGUAAUCUGGGACACGAGCAGCGCUGAGAACUAAACAGGUCAUCACAACCUCACAUAGACAUAUGGACAAGAUGGGAGCAAGCCGUCCACUGCCCAGUGCGCCCAAGGAUUCAUUAAGUGCUGCAAUAGAGGCCAUCAGUGUGAGCACAGAACUUGUCGAGGAGGAACUAAAACCUUAUUUGGACACAGUGCUGAAUGUUGCCAUUGAAAGAAAGAAAGGCAUAUCCGAGCAGGUGGUGGAAAGUGGGAUUCUCCCUGUUAUGGCUCAGAUUUUAAGGAGGAAAAGCACGCUCACUACUCACACAGCCAGACUAGUGGCUGAACUGGCCAGAGAUGCUCCUGUGAGAGAGCAAUGCUUUGAGACAGGCAUUGUGUCUGCCCUUAUGACCUUACUGCUAAGCCAAGACCAGGACCUUCUCCUUCACGUUAGCCAAGCCAUCGCCAGGAUCUCCUAUGACAGCAACUUGCAGCAAGAGCGAUUCCUGAGGCUCGGAGCUGUCCCACGGCUGGUGUCGGUUCUUCUCCAGCACAGUAAAAAUGAGGCACUGCUGAGCUCUUGCCUUCUGGCCCUUUGUAACCUGGCUGACAUGGGCGAGGAGGACGGCUCCCUGCUUUCCUGGGAGGAAGGGGCAUAUUUCGGCGAAGGUGAACGUGUGUUCCGUGGAACCUCACGUUACUGUUUCGGCUUCUCUACGGCUGUGACGUUGGUCAGGCUGAAACAGUGGACUAAUGGCCAGUACUCUGUGGCAGUAGAAGUGCUUCAAAGGUGCUCCACGAUGCUGUGGGGCGCAAAAAACGGCCACCAGACUGGACACCACUUACCGAACUUUGCCCACCUAGGCAGCUGCCCCAAAUUGUAUAAAGUUAUCAAAUGUUCAGUGAAGAACAUACCGAGAAACAGGAAUCUGAGGGCAGCAGUGCUUCAUACCCUCUUGUGAGGCUUCAUCAUAGUGCUUUUGGACUUCUUAAUGAACGUCUGAGGUGGCCUAAACAAGUGAUCUGGUGUAAACCACAUCCUGACAUUUAAGGAGCUCAUUUCAGCCAUUUGUAUUAAAGAAUAGAUCUGAAAGCAACAAAAUAGAAUAUUACAACUCUUGGUUUCCUAUUGCUAAGGGCACCAAUCGAGAGCCAGAAUCACACGCCAGGUCACAAGAUUUGUUGUGUCGAGGCAGUUUAAUUCUUAGAUGCUGGCUGUAUAGAACAUGAGAACAGGUUGAUGCCGAGCUGCAAUCUGCUAGCCUUUCUGAACUAUGUGAUUAGUCCAUAAGAGGCCUUACAGUAGAUUAUCCAGACCCAGUGUUCAGGGUCAGAGCAGCUACACCCACCCAGGUCACAAUAUGCAACCAUGUUGCAAAAUGCACCAAGGGAAAUAGAUUUACAGAUGAAAAUUGUGACUUAUGUUUACAGUCUUCGGGUCCAGGUGAAAGCAGACUUACCAAAUUUGAUCAGUGUUACACAUAAUUGGGUUUUAAAUUUCAUUCAGAUUUGAGAACAAUAAUAACCAUGUAAAAAAAAACUACGCUAAAAUGGCUUAUACCCAUAUUACAUGCUUGUAGGCCCAGCGGGGGUGGGGGGUUUCACACUGGGGUUCCCACAAACAUGGAAAAUGUUGAAAUAUUAAGGGAUUUUGCUUUUGUGUAGAGUAAAACUUGCUCAAGCUACACUACUGUCAAAAGUACGGAAGAGGAUUAGGGCCAAGCAAUAAUAAAAAAAUAAAACCAUC